AUGCACUACCUGUGGAACGACGAGUUCGGGGCCUACUACAAGGGAAUGGGCUGCAAGCGGCCCAUGGACCCGGUGAGCCCAUUCGUCAAGCUUGAGGUGGUCCCGUCCGCGACCGACCCGGCCCACCUGGUCCACCUACGCUGCGGCUACAGCGACAAGUUCCUGAGGCUGGUGGAGAUGGACGGCGUCCGGUUCGUCUUCGCCACCGCCGACUCGCCGGCGGAGGAUGCUGAUGGGGAGGAGUCGACGCUGUUCGACGUCGUUUUUCCAGCAGACGAGCCGGGGGCGGUGGGGCUGCUGCACGUGCGGACCCAGCGGCACGUGAGGACAUUUUUCAACGAGGGGUACAGCGACGAGAUAAACGGCGUCGCGUGCGCGUACUCUACGGAUGACGUGGGGAGCAUGGAGCGGUACACGUUCGCGCCGUGGGUGGCGUACGGCGGGGAGGCGUAG